AGCACCCUUAGCCGGCCCACUUAGGCUAGUUUAGUCCAGUCCAGUCCACUUAUUGCUAUCGGCGCCCUUUCUACAUUGCCGCCAUCGACGCCAUCGACGCCGAUGCGGAGUGUCGUCGGUGCACAGUGGCGCGCCAACUCUUCCAUUGUGUGAGGAGGGAAGGACAAAUCAAUCGUCCGGCUGGCGGCAACGGGCGGCAACUCGGCGGGUCUGUUCCGCGCGUCUGAGCGGACAUGUAGUUCAGCCUGCCUGCUGCUCGAUCAGCUGCUCGCUUCGUGUCCUCCUACUGCUGCUGCCACUGCUGUUAAUCUCCUGCUUGCGAUCGUGAAAACACCACCACGUCUAACCGUGACGACACCACGACGCGGACACCCGCAUAUGUUUACCGGAAAGGCCGGUGUUCUGAGGUGGCAGACCGAAUUUUUCGCGCUCCAUCUGAUCCCACUUCUAACUGGUUCCUGCUGCUAGCUUAUAAAUGAUACAGGACGGCUCGUUUUUCCUGCGGAACUUGAUGAACUCCCUGCCCACCGAUGGAGGUUCUGACGAAGGAAUCGGCAUGACAGGUGGCGAUGGAACGUACCACUUCAAAGUACUCGUGCCAAGUGUGGCAGCCGGUGCCAUCAUCGGCAAAGGGGGUGAAACCAUCGCCCAACUGCAAAAGGAAACCGGAGCCCGCGUUAAAAUGUCGAAGUCUCAUGACUUCUACCCUGGAACGACGGAAAGAGUGUGCCUGAUAACUGGUAGUGUUGACGCUAUAAUGACUGUGGUAGAUUUUAUAAUGGAUAAAAUUAGGGAGAAACCGGAUUUGACAAAGCCCGUAAUAGAAGCCGGUGAUAGCAAACUGACACAAGAACGUGAUAAACAAGUAAAGAUAUUAGUUCCAAAUAGUACGGCCGGCAUGAUAAUCGGUAAAGCCGGAAAUUAUAUUAAACAAAUUAAGGAGAGCAGUAGCUCCUACGUUCAAAUCUCGCAAAAAGCCAAAGACGUCAGCCUACAAGAGAGGUGUAUAACUGUGAUAGGUGAAAAGGAGCAAAACAAACAGGCUUGCAUGAUGAUUCUGAGUAAAGUGGUGGAAGAUCCACAGAGCGGCACCUGUUUAAACGUGUCGUAUGCUGACGUUAGCGGCCCCGUUGCCAACUACAAUCCUACAGGAUCGCCGUUUGCGCAGCAAGCAGCGGGCGCAGCGUUUGGCGCAUCAACAGCCAGCCUAAACAGCACAUUGAGCGCAGCUGCUGUGCAGCAGGGCCUGGUGCUGAAUGGAGCGGGCGCAGCCGGAUUGAGCUUGAGCUUGAAUCUAACCGCGCCCGGACAAAGUAUAGGCACUGUAACUGCGCAAUUGCUGGAUCAUAUUAAGAUUUUCUUGCAGAUCCAAUUGCGAAGCUCCGGACUAACGGAGCCCCACAUUGCCGAGAUUAGCGCUGCCCUAACAGUACUGGCAAAGUACGGAAUUUUGGGGGUUGGCUUGGGGAUCGGGAAUGCCCAUGCUGGGGCUCUUCCCGUCUCCAGCUACUUGAGCGUGAUGGAGCAAGCGGGAGCAAAUGCGGCAAACUCCGGCGUCUUCGGAGCAGUUGGCCAGAUCACGCUCGGAGAAUGCUUAGGAGCAAAUUCUCCAACACCGCGAUCCAGCCUGGAACGAUACGAAUCCGCUUUUGAUCCAUUCUCCGUCCGGCAUCAGACGUCCGCUGCCACGGCGCCGAUCUCGCUCAACAACAACAGCUUUGGUUUGGGCACCAAUCAGCAGGUGACGGUUCUGAGCAAAAGCCCCACGCCUGGCGACAUCAAGGUUCAUCCCGAGAGCAAAAACGUCGAAAUUGCUGAAGUCAUUGUUGGUGCCAUUUUAGGGCCUGGUGGUCGUUCCUUGGUCGAGAUCCAGCAAAUCAGCGGUGCCAAUAUCCAGAUAUCGAAAAAAGGGAUUUUUGCUCCCGGUACCCGGAACCGGAUUGUGACCAUCACGGGUAACCAGCAUUCCAUUUCGACUGCUCAGUACUUGAUCGAGCAGCGCAUCAAUGAGGAGGAGCAGAAACGUGCUCGAAAUAAUGGCAUCGGCGCCCUCACUAUGCAGUGAUAAUCACGUGCAUUCAAUUGUUAUUAUUGACGACGACACUGGACUUGUUGCUGAGUGCGGUCGAUUCCAGAGGAAACUCAAUCGCAAUCGAUCAGCUACUGAGGGCCGUGUAGGUCGAUUUUGUUUCCAGUUUUGUUUUAUAUUUUUUGUUUUUCUUUGUGGAGUAUUUGUUUGUUGAAAUUCUAAAAUGUUUUUAAAAUUGUUAUUAUAUAUUAUAUAACUGUGUAAUCGAGGCUGUUACGUAUUUUACAUAGAGUUUGUAAGCUUUUCGGUUCGCUUUGGAGAGUCGUUGCAUCGGAAAAUUUAUUCAGUUUUCUCAACCUUUACUACAGCGGGCUUGAUGUAAUUUGGGUAAAGUUCCUUUACGUCCACUCCGUGUAAAUAUCUUGCCUGGUCUUCCUCGCGUUGAGGAGACCGGGAAUAUUGUUACCUGAAGAACUUUACGUUGCUGUUAUGAACUUGAUCUGAUUUUAAGAGAAGCGAUAAGUAGAAAUAGAGGAAUCUAAUUAAAUAAAUUGUGAUGAUCAUCAUUAGUCAACCUCAUUUACUCUAGAGCAUAGAGCAUAGUGACCCGAAUGGGUCGCCCCCGUUUCAAUGAGUUUCCAUUCGGAUCACUUCGAUCGCUAUUUCAUCACUGCAUUACCAACUACGGUUAUUUAGAGAGUUAUUAGACGGAAAAUGUUAUUUUUAUUCAGUAUCGUCACAUUUGUUUUCUUUAGAUAGGGUACAAAAUAUAUUGAUUAAUUCCAAAGGCAAAUCCUCCUCAACCGACACCGAUUAAUGAGCGGAGGCGAUUUAGAUAGGAAAAGAGCGAAUAUGUGGAGUUGUUUGGCAAUUUGAUUGUGCACAGAUUGAAAGCAACAUUUACUUAACCAGCUGAUAAAUAUAACGUAAAUGUUACUGUUAAUCUAUCGUUGAUCGAGCAUGCCCUGAGAAGACCAAAUUCAAUAUUAAAAGUAUUUUUAUAUGCAAGAGAAUUUAAAUGUUGCAUUCGGAUAUUUUAUCCAUGUUGGUCAAAACAUGAACAUUGCUUCCAAUAUUUCGAGCUUAAGUAGCGAGUCCCUGUUUAUUCUACCGAAUUAUUGCAGAAAUGUAGAGCGGAAUGUGGAGAUUUUCAACUUUUUUAGUUUGUUGUAUAUUGUUCUGGAAAGCCAGAUAUUCUAAACAGUCAAUGAUGUUCUGUGAUUGCGAAUUGAUUGGCCACAGUAAGUUCUAAAAUGAUGUACCUGCAAGACUAGCUCAGGCAAAAAAAGAGAUCCUAUUUACAUAGAGAAGAAUCUAUUAUCAAAAGAGAAUCAAGAAAUACGAAACAGGAAACAAAAGCAAAAUUAAUAUGUCAGUUACCAGCACGCCAAUAGAAUGGAAGAAAGCCCCUGAAGAACUCGACUUAGUCUUAAAGUUCUUCAAUUUGCGUAGAUCAAUAUUUAUUGUUUUUACCGCCAUUAACCAGCAGAUGACGUUGAUUCAUUGGUCAUUAAUGAAAUGUUGAACAAUUUCAUCGUGAAGUUGGUUGGCAUUCUUUGAGACCCAUCUAAAGGCAUGACAUAGAAUUACUUGUAAAUAUUAAGCUUAUAUUCAAAACUAUUGCUGUUAUUUCUUAUAGAAUCUUAAUAUAUUUAAAAUGAAAUCAUAUACGCAAGAGAUAAAUGUAACUCAAUUAUUAUAUACUACUGUUAUCGCAUGUUGUUGAUGUUAAUGUUUGGACAGCCCUUCGGCGCUGCAUAUACACACAUUUUUAAACGCCGUUUUCAAUUUUGGAUUUUUCACAUGCGCUAACUUCAUUUUAAGAAUCGGCUUUACAAAGAAUUUGUUUUGAUGAACAAGUUCCGACUAUUUGAUGCGGGAAGUCUAGUCAACAAAGAACAUCAUCCCGUGAUGUUCUACUGUUAAGUUUUAUUGGUCAGGGUGCGUUUAGUUGCUUUUUUCGAGCACAAAAGUCCGUAAAGUCCGUAAAGUAAAGCCGAGUUUUAAUUUAGGAUUUUAGUUGAUAAGGAAAAUAGAUUAAGUUAUAUAAAGUAAAUUUUAUGUAUGUUCUGUGCAGGUCAUAGGCGGAUCCUGAAACUAAAACAAAUUGUCGCAUUCCUGUAUAUAUAUUUGAAGAUACUGUACGUACACUUUUGUUGCCUUCAUUCUCGUUAUGGGUUCUUUACUGGAACAUUAAGUUUUCCACAUAACGGAACAACCACAAUGCCAACAAUAAUUAUCAUCCGCUAGUUUUGUGGAUAACUCAAUUUUCCAAUGGAUUUAUUGUCAAUUCAAACUAUAUUUUUGAUACCUACAUGUUUUCGUUUCUCAUAUCAAGGACAUAGAUUAUCUCUAUAUUGGAAUAAUAGAUUAAUUUAAUUCAGGUUAAAUGGUGCAAUUAUUGAAAAGAGGUCAAAUAGAUAGUAUAUUCUAGUGUUAAAUGUCCAGAAUCUAUGUAUCCAAUCUGCGGAAUUUAUAUCCCUGUUACUGUACUUGUUUCUCAUUUGCUGUCCCAAUUCACGAAUUCAUCGUCAGGGUUGUUUGGUCAUAUUUUGUUCAUAAAAUUCAAGGAGUUGAGAUAAAAGUAAGUGUUUUGUUUCUUAUCAAAUUUCGGACUGUUUGUUAAAUAAAUAUGGCCAACAAUCUGAAACGGACCCAUUUCAAAUCGAAGAAAAAACAACUCUGUUGCUGUGAUAUACAUUGUUAGUAAUGCAACAAUUACGUUCAUAUUCCAAAGUGCAAUAUACCACUAACUUCAUCAAUCUAACGGUUUGAUCAUCCAAAAAUCUUGUUGCAUUAUUAAUUGUUCGAUUCAUCUGGGAAACCAUUUUGGGCAUACAUUGAUUACAUUAAGCUUGCCUUUUUCGAGUGUUGUUCUGAUAAUAUUUAGUUGUCUUUGAAAAACGCUAAAGUGCGGUUGCCUCAAUGGAGUGAUUGAUGGAAUACACAGAAGUGACCUUGUCUUUAGUUGGUCUAUUUCAUAUUAUCAUUGCAAGACUUAAUUUACGGUUUAGAUCUAAAAAGAAAAAUUAGUCGUAAGUUUGUUGGUGUAAAUAUUUUAUUUUUAUAUUAUUGUUAGUCUCUUAUAGUUUGGUCAUCCUUUCCAUUCCCAGUUGUUACAUUUUGUGUUCGAGGUGUCGCUCACAUUUCUAGAAUUAUGUUGUAACUAAAAAGGCCUACAUAGUACAUAAACGAGUUGGAACAUGUAAAUUUUAUAAGCAAAGACUAUAAUAACCUAACGGUUAGAUGUUGUUAUGUAGAUUUUUGUGCUCUCAUGAUAGAUUCGGCUAACGACCCCUUCCACUGAUUAAUUUGCUAACUGUUUAGCGAACAGUCUAGGACAAUAAAUCCGAAAUGUAAAAAUUGCGAAAUCAGUUCGAAUCUAGCAUGAGCCACCACCCGUUACUCUCUUGCUACUCUGCUACUACAUGUAACUCUAAUAGUUCAGCUUUCCACGAUUUAAUCGAAGUUACCAGUUUUGGCAAUUUACAUCUUAGAAGUUACAACUGAUAUGGUUGACGCAAAUCGCCGAAAAAAAUGCGUUAACCGUGAACACUUUGUUAUUGUAGCACCUAAGCAUUGCGUCAUGGUUUUUGUUUUUGUUAAGUCUUGUUAGCAAGCUUUGCUAAUUCUCGUCACUGUCAUUGGUUACUGAUUAACUUGCUUAUUCCGUGAGAUUUGCUAUAUUUUUGUUUGCUGCCUUUCUGGUUUUUAAUCUCAAUGUUAAAUCAUUAUUUGCUUGUCUAAAGUACCCAAUAGAUUCGAAGCUCUCAACCACAAAUCAGUUAUCGUUUAACAGUGACCAGAAUUGCAUGUAAGUAACUACAUAAGAAAUAUGUUAUCAAAUAGAUUCAGUGAUAUUAGUUAUUGGAAACACGGUUGGGCUGCCAAGUAAUCUUGGUGAAACGGGUCAUAGAUUUUAUUUGAAUAGUGUAUGGGAACAUGCACCUUGCUACAGACUGUACUGUAAAAGCUGGUGUCUCGAACAGACCUCGAAUUAUUUACAGUUUGCAAACGAAACGAGGUUGUUUCGAGACGGCCACAACGUGUUAAAGUUUAAAAUUUAUAAUGUACUGUUUGUAGCUUCUGUUUUCAAUUAGAUUAGUACACUGCAUUGUCAAACACAUUAUUAUUCAAUAAACUCCAUAGUGCCAUA